AUGGAAGUAGAAAUAGAUCGUUUAUUAAAAGCAACUCCAAACAAUAUUACUCCAAUCAUUUUUUCAAUGGUAAAAUCACAAUUUGCUGAUGAUUUAUUACCAAAUUCUAUUUCAACCAUAUUUAAAAAUAUUCAUCGUACUGGCUAUGUACCAAAAGUUGUAAGAGCUCAACAAUAUAAUAAAGAUGAAGAUGAAAAUGAAGAAGAUCUUUUAGAUUUUGAAACGGAUUACUAUUGA